CAAGAGAGCUCAGUGCUCCACAGAACCAGAGCUAAACAAUCCAGCGAAAACACUCCCGCCUCAUCAUGAACAACAAACUGGUGGCUGUCCUGGCUCUUUGCCUGAUUUCAGCAGCUAUGUCUCAAGGCAAGACCUUGGCAAGGAUGGGAACCGAGCUCCGGUGCCAGUGCAUAGCCACUCAUUCCAAGUUCAUCCCUCCCAGAUCCAUUCAAGAUGUGAAGCUGACACAGAGCGGCCCCCACUGCAAGAACGUUGAAGUCAUAGCUACUCUGAAGGACGGCAGAGAGGUGUGCUUGGAGCCCACUGCCUCCUGGGUACAGCUGAUCGUAAAGGCAAUUUUGGCCAAGGCUCAACUCAAUUCUGACUCACCACUCUAAGAAACACCAGGACAGAAAAAAAAUCUGGGAACUGCUCCCACUCCUCUGUUGAGAGAAACAUUCGGGAAGAACAUCAUUCAAGCAGCGUACCACCUGCCACCUCCUGCAUCAGUGUUGUUAUGUUAAUUAUGGAUUGGUUUAUUUAUUUAUCUAUUUAUUUAUUUAUUUAACUGCAUCUAUUUA